CCUUUGUCACAUUGCCCUCACCCUAAUCAUUCAACAUGGCUGGCACCGUCAUCCUAACUGGGGCCAACGGUUCAGUUGGCAUUCCCGCAGCCGAACGGCUUCUCAACGAGUACCCUCAAUUGACCUGCAUCUUUACUGUUAGGAAUGCCGAGAAGGUCGAUAACAAUACACAGAACCUACGUCAAGUCAUCGCACGUUGCCCGGACGCGAAGGCCUCAAUUUAUCAGGUUGACUUCGCAAAUCUUUCGGCAGUGCAUGAAUUCGCCAGUACGAUGUUGACGGCGAUUGAGACUGGGAAGUAUCCCGCCCUCAGAUCCAUCAUAUGCUGUGCCUCGUAUUGGAAUCUCGUCGGCGACUCUGAACUCACGACAGAUGGUUAUGACAAAACUCUACAGGUCAACCAUAUCGCGCAUGUCAUCCUCGUGUUGCGACUCAUUGGUAGCUUUGCUUCUGACGGCCGUAUCGUGCUCUUCUCAAGCAUUGGUCACUAUCGCAAACCGAAUGCUAUGACGUCCUACUUGCCUGACAUUCCUGAUGAUAUCGAUCUGCUCAAUCACCCUCCCUCGGGCAAAGACAAGCAUGACCUUGGCUUUCAACGGUACGCAAAUUCGAAGCUUGUAAUCACGACUUGGAUGUACCCCCUUAACCGUUACCUGCAGCAGAACCCACGUUUCAAGAAUAUCACCGCCGUGGCUAUCAACCCAGGUGGACUCGGCGAUUCGCGUUGCUUUACUACUAAUACUGCCCGAUCCACACAGCUCGCCCAGAGAUUCGUCCUCAAACCAUUCAUGUCCAUGAUCCGCUAUCUAGCUGAUCCCACAUUCCGCUCAUCAGCUGAGGCGGCCGUAGAUGUUAUCAAACUUGCAGUAGACAAGGCAUAUCAGGGUGAACAAGGUUACUUUACCCUACUGCAGAAGGAUGACAGUGACCCCAUUACAAUGGAUGAGAGUGUACAGCAGAGGGUCUGGCAAAAGAGUUUGGAAUGGGCCAAGAUCACGAAGAACAACACGGCUCUAAAGAAUGCUAUUGAAUGAUCGUUCAUAUAGAUUUGACAACCAGAAGGUUCUGACUAUGUACCUAAGACCUAGGUAGCCUGACUAAG